GAAAAGGAAAAUUGAAGGAUCAAAACGCAAUUUAUUCGCCUCUCGAGCUUUGUAGCCCAAUUUUUAUUUUUAUUUUUAUUUUUUGAAUCUGUUUCUGCUUUGAACAAUUCAUCCCCAUCCGCGAUCUGAAUCCACACGCUUAUCAGAGGGGAAGGAGCGAAGGGAGCAACAAUGGCAGCUGCCGGACCCGACCCGUUAUUUUCCCUGAGAAACAAUUUCUACUUGGGGGCGUAUCAAGCCGCCAUCAACAACAGCGAGGUCCCCAAUCUCUCACCGGAAGACGCCGUCGAGAGGGACGCUCUCGUCUUCAGAUCCUACAUUGCCCUCGCCAGCUACCCGCUUGUUAUCAGUGAGAUCGAUGAUUCGGCAGCCACACCUCUCCAAGCCGUCAAAUUGCUCGCUAUUUACCUCUCCGGUCCCGAUAAGAAGGAAAUAGUGAUUUCAAGUCUCCCUGAGUUGUUAGGAGAUCCGGCUGUUGGAAACAAUCCUGUAUUGCGCCUCAUUGCUGGGAUUAUUUUCAUGCAUGAGCAGGAUUACAAUGAAGCUUUGAAGUAUACAAAUGCUGGAGGAACUAUGGAAUUGCAUGCUUUGAAUGUCCAGAUCUUUAUUAAGAUGCAUAGAUCAGAUUAUGCAGAGAAACAACUGAGAAUCAUGCAGCAAGUUGAUGAGGACCAUACAUUGACCCAACUUGCAAAUGCAUGGUUAAACUUAGCUGUGGGUGGGUCAAAGAUACAGGAAGCCUAUCUUAUCUACCAAGAUUUUUCUGAGAAGUACCCUAUGACCAGCUUGGUGCUGAAUGGCAAGGCUGUUUGCUGCAUGCAUAUGGGAAACUUUGAUGAGGCUGAGACAUUAUUGCUUGAAGCCUUAAACAAGGAUGCAAAGGAUCCUGAAACACUUGCAAAUCUGGUGGUUUGCAGUCUCCACCUUGGGAAACCAUCUUCCCGCUACCUCAGCCAGCUGAAAUUGUCGCAUCCAAACCACAUGCUCGUGAAACGCUCAUUGUCUGCAGAAGAAAAUUUUGACAGAGCUGUGCAAACGAUUGCUUGAGGGGAUCCUCCACAUGGUCUGGCCUUCAAAGUUUUACCCCAGCGGGGAGAGGCAAAUACUAGCCAUAUAUAUAUCGGUACUUGAACCAAACGCCACCACCGCCACCACCACUGCUUGCAUCAUAUUGUCUUUCCAUCCACAAAGGCUAAGAGAAUGGUUUGUACUAAGACCUGCUGCUGUUUUAUUAUACACCAUUGAACUUAACUAGAGAUAUCUUUUUGGAUUUAUAUUAUAGUUUGUUCCGCCACAUCUUUUUUUUACAUUAACAUUAUCUUUCUUUUAUUUUAAAUACAAUGGGUGAAGACAAGGUUACAAUUAGUUGAAUUGGUUGAGUAAUUUUAAAGCUAUGCAUUAGUUACUUUU